CUGAAGCUACUGUAGCUCCAGUCAGGUUCUGACGUCAUCAUGAAAAUAACCCAUUGUACUCUUAGACAUAUUAUAUGUUUUCAUGCAUAAUAUCCUCAGGCUAAAAGAACAAAGAUGGACAGAAAGGACAUGGACAUGGCGAACGAAAAAAAUCAGUUGGAGAUGCAGAAUUCGAAGCUCAAAAAAUCUUACGAAUUUGAUGACAUAUUAGCCAUGGUCGGUGGCUUCGGUCGAUAUACUUUCCUUCUGUACACAUUUAUGUGUAUAAUACCUCUGCCUAUCGGUUUGCAGCAGCUUGUUCAAGUUUUCUACGGCGCCACUCCAAAGUAUUCCUGUGCUGCUUUUUCGCAAACACAGGAGAAUAACACUUGCACAGUCCUUAAGGGUGGAACAUGCUGUGAAAAAUGCGCUGACUACAAUUUCACUGGUGGAUUCACCAGUGCAGUUACUGAGGUGAGAAGGUCGUACGUUUUCUUUAGCUCGGUACAUUAAAACCGGGGGAAACUCCCCGUGAUGGCCUAUACAGGGAGGCUCCUCCCGAAAAGAGUACCUUUAUCAGGGUUCUCGUAAAUAAAAGGGUAGGGAUUUCUUGAGUUGAAGUAUAUGAGAAGGUAGGGAAAAUUAUCAUUUUAGGUGUUCAUAGCCUGUGUACAAACGUCCCCCUCCCUCUCCUCCCGAUUUUUUUCUGAGGGAGAGGGACGUCUGUACACAUGCUAGGUGUUUAAAACUACUUUUAACUGAAAUACUUCUAAAUGACGCACCUUAUGGCUUACAAACUUACUGUUAGUUGGUAUGUCAAAGGGGGACCAUUUUCCAGUGGAGAGUGUACGGAAGGGGUACUUUUUUCUGUUGAAAAUUGUAUAUAAAAAUCUAAUAGGUUCCACCUCGAGGCGGAGCCUCCCCGUAUCAAACUUUGUUGAUUAGCCCUCCCCCCCCGGAUUUAUAGUAAACAAAAAUCAUAAGUUGAUUGUCUGAAACACUUUCACAUCUUUGUGUACCUUAUAACAUGAAAUUUUCGCGACACGUUGAUUUUGCAAAUUUCGCGAUACAAAAAAAUCGCGAAAUUAAAGUGAUACGAUCAAGAAGUAUCGCGAGCAUAACAUGACGCGAUAAUUAAGUGAUUGACAUUACGUUCAUAAUCAACAAAGAACUAGUUUAUAACCACUUAAAUGUUUACACAAUCACAUUUUUUACUUUUCUGAGGAAUUUUCAGUGUAAAUGGAUGUUGUGGUCAAUUGACUCAAGAUGAUGAUUCACGUACAAGCAUGAACUGCUUGUGGACAUUGUGAGAACUGCUUUGUUGUUACUGUUGACAUUUAGUCUCGCUGUUGCGUUUUUCUUAAUUUUGACGUUACGUUCCUUUGAUAAAGUAAUUUUAUUUAAUUCAAGGAGAUGCUUAUAAAAUGUAAAUUGAAAUACUCAAAAACGUGAAAUUAAACUGAUUCAAAAAAUAAAAUUUUCGCAAAAUCGCGACUCACAAAUCACUCAGGAAGCGCACAUCAAAAUCGCGAAAUAAACAUGUCGCGAAAAUUUCAUGUAAUUCAGCUCUUAGGUAACGCUAGCACUGAAAUACCGAAACUCGUCUAGACAAAAAACUCACUACGAAUGACCAGGGUUCAGUGAACUGAGAGAAUGGAAGGUCAAAGAAACAAUUGGGUGUCCAUUUCUUUUAAGUAAAAGUAAGAGACAUUAGGAAUUUUUUGCUUCAGUACCUUCAUAUUCGGGAUUUGCAUUUUUUUGUUGACUCUUAGAAGGGAAUUAUCUAGGCAAUCUUCAGUGAUUUUAAUUCUUUUGUUCUUUUUAAGCGUUGUACUGAAUGUUAAGUCCAUACUUGACUUACAAAAAUAACUCAUGGAUAUAAAAACAUUUCUACAAAAAAGAAAACUGGAAUCUAUCGCAAUUAAUCAAAUAGAACAAUUUAAUGCGCGACAUUGCAUAAGGUAUGAUGACUGCAACAGCAGUGCAAUGGUGAAGCUGUGGGGAGGAUCCGGGGAGUACCGACACCUUCCCCCUUUGAAUUGGACCCAUCAAAGAGUUUUGAAACAUGCUUAAACUUAAAUUGCCACAGAAUGAUUGCAAACGAGUUUUAUCUAGUAAAGCAAAUUCUGAGUUCUGAUUGACUAUCCUGGCGGUUAAUAUGGGCCCAAUCUUACGCGGUCGCGAUUUCCCACGUUGUCCCGAAAGAAAAGAUUUUGUUUAGGCCAUAUCAUAAAUCUUAAUUGACCAUGAAUCUUGGUCUUGUUUCUUCUCAUUAAAUGCAAUAAAAGGACCUGCCCAGCGCAAUAUCAGGUGACCUCCACCUCAGGCAUAUGAGAUGUCCGCCUUAAUUCUUACGAAAAGAAAAUGACUGUUUUACGAGGGGUAGAAUUUGAGCUGACAAAGUUGAUGGCUGAAAAUUGACCUGGAAUUAAACUGCUUACUCAUGGUACUGUUUGGUUUUCGUCAAUAUUUUGCCAAAUGAAAUAUGUAGUGUUAUAUGAAGCACCCUUAGAAAUCAUACAUUUUCCUUCUUUUUCUUCCUUAUAUCUCUUGUUUUCAGUGGGACCUAGUUUGCGAUAGGAAGAUUCUGAAAGCUAUGACCCAGUCCGUUUACAUGGCAGGAUUAUUAGUUGGUUCAGUUGUAUUCAGUAUUCUGUCUGAUCAUUUCGGCCGCAAGAUCGGAAUUUUUCUCAGUAUCUUUGUCAUGGUGAGUAUAUUGCACAUCAUCGGUCUAUACACGCCUGUUGUCGGCAAAACGGACAACAAAAUGUCCUAGUGUUUCGAUUGAAGAAUUAAGGUUGUUUCUCACCUUGGACGAAAGCAAGGAAAGGAUUGUCAUUUUAAAAAAUUAGUCUAAAUUUCAACGAGUAUCACUGUGCAGUGUCAUUAUGUGUCGGAAAAAUUGCUAAAUACUAUACAUUUCCUUUUUUCUUCCAUUUACUCACUAACUAUUCCUUAUGUGUUAGAGUUGCAGCUUGUAAAAGAGAGAAAGCAUUUUGUCAUAUUGUUAACAAACUUCUUUCAACAAUUUUGGACGCAGUAUGCAACCGUUUUAAGACAUUCGCAAACCACAAAGCCUCAUCGGAUGCGCAUGGCAAAACAGAAUCACUGUUUCUCUAUCGUGUAUACCAUUACAGCGCUUAAAAAAUGAUAUACCAACGCCAUCAAGCGUUUCAUUUUGCUACCUCAGUUACUGGUUUUCAGCAAAUUAAUCAGUGAUGACGAUUGAAACCUAGACAAAAUGUAUCUUUCGGCCUGCACUUUGGGUGCAUCAUUCCACUCACAGGCUUACGUCUGACGGAUAAUAUUUAUGAUUUCGUCUUAUCUUAUAUUUACAGGUUAUUGCUGGUAUAGUAUCUGCUGUCGCAGACUGCCUUUCCCUUUUCUCACUCUUUCGUUUCAUAGCUGGAGCUGCCACAGUUGGCUGUAUCCUCGUUCGAUUCGUCUAUUGCAUGGAGAUUAUCGAGAUUCGUCAUCGCACUGCAGGAGGGUUUGUUAACAACAUUUUCGUAAGUGCUGGGUAUGCUGUACUGUCGCUCUUCGCUUAUCUUAUUCGUGAUUGGAAAUAUCUUAUGCUGGCCGUGUCUCUACCUGGAUUGCCAUUGCUUCCAUGUUGGUGGUAAGGACAUUUUUAACCUAACUGUUUUCAGGGGCGUAGCCAACUUUUUGGCUUGUUGUAUGCCUGGCUGACUGCGGGUCGGAAUUUCAUUUCCACAUCAGGAUACUGAAAAAUGCUUGUUUAUAAUUUUGUUGAUUGCACACAUGACUAGUAUGCAGUGACCUCACCAACACCGUGACUUUGAGUCUUUGAAGAUGACGAAGAUGUUAAAAAAGGCAUUAUUAAAAAUAACACCCACAAGCAUACGUGUGAGUUAACAACAAUCACUUUAUAAUAAUAUAUACCUAAAGAUAACAUGUAAAUUGAAAUUCUAAAUAAUAUUAAAAAGAUAUCUAUUGAUAAGACAUUGCUUGAACCCUUGAGUCCAAACAAGCUGUACAACGUAAUCAUGACCCUUGUGUCGUAGAUUCCGCGUACGGAAGAUCAUUUUAGCAGUGAUUGUCAGUGGUCACCUUCUUCCAUAAUUCCAAAUCUCUUUCUCGCAUUAAAUCAGUUAUAGGAGUGAACUUAGCAGUGUACCUAUAUUUGAAUGCACGCUUACAAAACCUAUCUAUCAGAGACAGGUACUUACUAUUAUGGGCAUAGGCUCAGACGUCAAUAGCACAACUGAAUAAAAAUAAUAAUAAUAAUUUAUAUUUAUAUAGUGCAAACCUCUAUAUGAAUAUAUUCGGUUGCACUUUACAAUAUUGUUAUAUUAAAUUUAUGUUAAAGGUGACUAAAGCGUGAGAAACUAUUAAAAAACUACAAUAAAAAGUAUUAACGCCAACAAUUAACUCUAUUUAAAAGCUAAAUUAAAAAUAAAAAGAGUUUUAACAGCAGUCUUAAAAGUGUCCCAUGUCUUCAUGUUGCGAAUUGCCGAAGGUAAUGCAUUCCAGAGAUAAGGUGCAGCUGACUGGAAUGCACGAUCGCCAAGAGUUGGAUGGGUCUUAAUACCUGGUAACUGACCAAGCUAAGGACAUAAUAAGGCCAUUAAAUAGCAGUGUUAGCUCCUGUAAAGAGUAUCCAUAAUAUUUAGCAAACUCUUAAAAUAUAUAAUGUAGAUCUAGCCUUAAAAAUCAUAGGAUCGAAAUGCGUGUCCCAGUUGCACGGUAGCUCAUUAAAGGUCACUCCUAAUAACUUUAACUCUUUAGCUCACCCCAAGAACGCAUAAUUUAUUUCAGGUGGUAGAGUGAUCAAACCAAAUGGGUUGGCCACGCCCUUGCUUUAUUAUUAUUAUUAUUAUUAUUAUUAUGAUCAUGAUUGUUAUUAUUAUUGUUGUUGUUGUUGUUGUUGUUGUUGUUGUUUUUGAAUUUGUUUUUUUCUUUUACAUAGCGUUAGCAAAAAUACAAUGGCAAUUAAAAGUUGGACAAGAGUGGGUUUAAGCCCAAAACGUCGGAGUUUCAUAUAUUUUUUUUUUUUUCGUAUUUUCCCAACUUGUUGUUCUACCUUGCAGAUUUAGGAUAUCUCUUAGGAAGGCGAUGAAUGCUCUGAAAAGCUUAGAACCCCAAUGACUACAGUGGCCGAUAUAACGUCUAGUUAAAGUCCCUUUAUUUGGCGUAUUUCCGCUCAGGGGUUCCCACCCCUUCUAUUGCAUCUCAUUCUCCGCCGUCAAAACAGCAAAGCCAUAUUUUCCAUAAAGAUCGUAUACUACCCAUAAUAUCAUUUGCCGUAUCUUCGUUUUUUGCUUAUUUUUGCAAGGAUUAUUCCAGAGUCCCCUCGCUGGUUGAUCGCGAAGAAUCGUCUAGACGAAGCUCAUGAGCUGCUGAUGAAAUACGCCAGGAAAAAUCGUGUUGAUAUCGACUCAGCACAACUCAAACACGCCAUUCAAGAGUUUAAGAAGGAAGAGGAUAGAAAUCGGAAUCAGAUUAGGAAAACCUACGGUAUUCUGGACAUGUUCAGAACCAGAAGGCUCAGAAAAAGGUCUUUAAUUUGUGGAUUUAAUUGGUGAGUUUACAGGCUUUACAGCCCGGGAGUCUUUCAUAUCUUCCUGAAAUCCCUUUCUGUAAGCUUCCCAGGUGACAAAUACAACAAAUGUAAGUGUUAGGUUUUUGUAACAAACCUUCUAUGAAAUGCAAAAUGUAUUAUAACUGUAUAUUCUCUUUUAUUAUUAUUUUAACGUCGAUCGAGUAACGCUUUCCUGACUCUUUAGAAGUCAUUGAAAGCAGCUUGUUAUAAUCGAUGGCAAAAUUAGUGGUCUGGUAUAUUCAAGGAACAUAACAAACUUGCCAACCCUCCCACUCCGGAUCCUUCACACUGGAAAUGGCUUGUUUGUUGCAUUCAACCUGAUCAGCGGUACAACAUCUCUAUAUCUCUUUCCUCUUGAAGAUUCGGAAAAAAAAAGAGAGAGAGUGUUUUGACGAGUUUCGAACACCGAUGGUUAUUCUUAUGAACGCGGCGAUUCUUUCUAAAUUUGAACAAAAACGCUUCUUGGAUAACGAAUUGCAGCUUAGUCAAAGUAAAUUCAGUAUAACUUCCUCGCACUGGGCUCGUCUCUUCAAACUCUUAUGACGCUGACGUAGUGUUUUAGGAAUGGUGCUCUACAUUCGCGAUCGGUGAUCGUGGCUUUUUGCGUCCUUCCCAUGAAGUGCUGCGGUCUCUGUUUAUCGUCCGAUUAAUCAAUUUUUCUUUUACAUAANNNNCCCCCCCCCCCCCCAAAAAAAAAGAAAAGAAAAGAGAAAGAAAACAAUGCAUAACCAUUGUUUUCGAUUUAUCUUGGGACGACUGCAAUACCCAGGAGAAAUUGGAAACCAUGGUCAUGCAAAAUUUGGAGGUAAACAAGAUGCAUUAUGGUCUAUGUGAAAAUGGUGAAUAGUGACGAAAGAAUAAAAAAGAAUGUAGAAUAUCCCUGAAACUUGCUCGUUUUGAAACCUCACUCUUUUUUCUCCUCGUUGAUGUCUUUGAGCUCUGCUCCGUACAGAUUCAUAUUAUCCAAAAUUAUUUCCCAGAUAUGAAGAUGGCGUUACCGUUCUACCCGGUAGCCAAGCCGUUUCUCCAAGGUAAGAGGCAAGGUGGCCGUAGUUACGGCAACGAGUACGGGCAAUUUACCCGUACUAGUAAAAAGAAAAGAAUGGUAUAUCUUAACGGGAUCUCUAACAUCUAAUACCAGUACUGUUUUCUUACAGGUUUGUGAACGCUUUGGUGUUCUUUGGUAUAAGCUUGAAUGUGGGAAACUUAGCAGGAAACAUGUACCUAAAUUUCUUCAUCUUGAGCGUCGUUGAAGUUCCAGGAGCAUUGCUAAUUUGGUUUUUUAUGUCCAGGUAUUAUCUGUGAUUAGGAUAUAUUUUCUGGUUUAAUUUUAUUUUCCUUUGUUUUAAACUCGUAAUCAUUGCCAGCAUACCCAAAAAAGGAAACUAAGCCAAGGAUAAAUUGGAUACGGGAAAUUGGACAGCAACGACUAAUUCCAAUAUAUCUUCCAAGAGUACUUUUACUGAAAUUAUAUCAAGUAUAUUACCCCUCUUACACUUCCACACGGAAAACAUGUAACUGGAUUUGUAUAAAGUGCUUUACUUUGUAUACCGUAAAAGAUGAGCUUCCAAAGGAAUUCGGGGUCUCCGUUGCUUUGAUAGUUGAUUUAAUUUUUUUUCGUAACACUAAUUCAUAGUGGUAAUAGGACUGAGUGGAAUCCAAUUCGGUCUGUAAUCAUACUAACAAAAUAGGACGAACGCGUAGCGGGAGUCCGAUUACCCUCGUUCUCGGGUUCUCUCUCUUAUCCUAUUCGCUCUGUAGGGACGGGUAGGAGAGAACCCUGGGAACGAGGUUGGAUUCCGAUUUGUUUAAAUCACCAGUACAAUUACCUACCGAAUUGGAUGACAAGAAGUUCUGCUAUCAAUUCAUCAUAACUAAAAUAUAUUUUGUUAUAUUUUUUUACUAGUAGGUGGUCGAUUUCAGGUAAUCGUUACAAUUGAUGCUUACUUGUCUCAAAGAUUUCAAAAUAUCGUUUCCUACGAGAAGUUUAGUUUUGUCUGUGACGCAGGCUAAUACUGCUCUGGCAAGUUGAGACUGCGCUUAAAGUCCACUUUUUUCGUGCAACCUCGAGAUCGACCCUUCGACAGCUUAGACCCAAAGUCCGCCAUCUUAAUUACGUACGGAGAACGAACUCUGUACGAGUGUGAAUUGCCAUGGUAUAUCUUUUGGUAUCGACUUUUUAGAACCUUGUCUUAUACCUCUAAUAAUGACGGGAAAGGAAUAAAUGUCGAAAUUGGAUAUCGUAAAAUUACCCUCACUCUGACUAUAAAAAUCACAGAGGAUCUUUCUCCGGCUAUUUUCGUGCGCUCUUCACAUGGCUGCUGUCCUGCGCUCAGGUUGUGGUACGGCAUGCAUGAUUUCCUGGACUUUGGAUAACAGAUGUCUUAGCCACGAACCUUAAUUGUAACGAACGACAUUCAUUUUUUCCAGAUUUGGUCGUCGUAUCCCGUACGCGUCCUUUAUGAUUAUUGGAGGACUGUCAGGAAUGCUAGUGCUGGCUGUUCCCAAAGAUGAAGGUAUGUUAAAAAGUUGCACUGAGUACUAUAGCUACGUUAUCACAGAGAAAACUUUAAUCUAGUAAAAGACUGCGGAGAGCAGACGACAACGAUCGAAGAUCAAAACGCUUUUGCUCCAUCGCUGUGCUUUGCGGGAUCAGAUUACGAGUGAUAGAAGGUCCGAACGCGCGUGAUCAAAUUGUGUUUUGUGCAUCUAUUAAUUCUUAGCGGAAGUCCAAAUGAAUGCUGGCUACAUAUAUGCGACGCAUGCGCAAUAACAACCUGGAGAUUAGGAUUGCGGGCUCCUCUUGUCGCCCGUAAUCAUGUCGUUUAUAGUACGAGUAUGCAAUCAAACCUCUCUACAAUGGCCAUUGAGCGGGGACUGAGGUAAGUAGCCGUGGACGGGAGGUGACCAUUUUGGAAAGGGUGUAAUAUGACACCAAAUUUGGGGGGGGGACAGGGUAGAAUUGUUUUAUCUUUAACAACGCUAAUUAUGGCAUAUUAAUGCAUAAAACAAUCAAAAUAUAUCUAAUAAAACAGAAACUAGCUAUUUAGAACAAAAGUGUCAACAAAACAAAGAAAGUCAUGUAUACAAUGAGUGCGUUUUCAAAUUGUUGGCUUUAAAUUGACCUUGUGGAGUUAGAAAGCACAGUCAGUGGCCGUCGUCAAGCCGAGGUUAACACAAGUGUGAAGCUAUGGAUUUUCUGCCAUACAACAGCUUGCUAUCCUUUGACAGCAGAACUAAGUUUUAUAAGGAAAUGAUGUUCUCUUUUUUGUUCUAUUACUUUUCAAGAAUUACGGUUUAUUGUUACCAUACUGGCUGUUAUUGGCAAGGCCUGUAUCUUAGCAACAUUCCUGGGGAUUUAUGUCUUCACUGUGGAACUUUAUCCCACCAUCAUUAGGUAAGAAAACUUACAUUUAUCGUUCAUGAUGCCGCGGCAACCUGCCUUACGAACAUAGAAGUGAUGUCGCUCUUAAAUGGGGUGGGGAAGGGUUUUUUUCUCCCUUCCCCUUAAUAAGUCAAAAUAACGCAAUUCAAGUAGAUACCCU